UAUGAUGAGCACUAUAGCUACGCCAAUUUUUGGUGCGCACGGCACUUCUCUGUUGGAUUCUGCACAAAGAUAUUCAGUAAAAAUGAAGGUUGCUGCUGUCUUUGCUCUUUUCAUUGCUGGCACCUUUGGUGCCUGCCCUGAAAUCGUACCGAGGGCCGAUUGGGGCGCUCGUCCGCCGUACAGCGUUUCCUACCAACCGCUUCCCAUUCCUUACGUGGUGAUCCACCACGCCGUGUCCGAAUCCUGCUACGACCUGGACACGUGCGCCGCCUUGAUUCGUGGAAUGCAGGACGAGCACAUGGACGUCAACGGCUGGUCCGACAUCGGCUUAAAUUUUCUGGUCGGGGAAGACGGCCGCGUCUACGAGGGCAGGGGCUGGCAGGCGAUCGGCUCGCACACGCCCGGCUUCAGCUCAAUCAGCAUCGGCGUCUGUUUCAUCGGCACUUUCAACGACUACGCGCCCUACGACAUCGCCUUGGACGCGGCCAAAUUGCUCAACGAGUGCGGCGUUGAGCAAGGCUACCUCUACCCAAACUUCGGGCUCAUGGGCCACAGACAGGCGGUGAGCACAGAGUGCCCUGGAAAUGCUCUUUAUGAUGAGAUCAUCAACUGGCCAAAUUAUGUGCCUGUUCCCUAACAAGUAAUGCGAAUGGGAAAAUUAAAAAUAAAAAGAGACUUUUAGCCUAGCUCACUCUAUGAACAUUUGGAACAUUUUACAUUUUUUUGUUCAGUGUCUUAAAGUGGACC